AUGGCUCUGUGUCCCUGUGUGACCCAACGAGAGAAACAUACAGCUGCCCUCAUUGCUCACAUAUCAUGUCCGCUGAUUUCUGGGCAGGCUAUAUUAGUGGUGCUGCAGGAAUUAUCAUUGGAAAUCCAUUGGAUCUAGUCAAAGUACGACAACAAGCUGGGUCAACCGCAGCAGCCUCCAGCGAAUUUGAGUCGCUUGGUGCUUUUUGGAGAGGUAUCACUGCGCCUGUAUUAGGCUAUGGUGCAUUGAACGCUCUCCUCUUUGUGUCGUACAACCGAACCCUUCUUACUCUUGGUGACGACCCCUCACAGCCGUCUAGUGCUUGGAAGAUCUGGUGCGCUGGUGCUGUUGGUGGAUUCGGCACUUGGGUCGUGUCUGCGCCAACGGAGUUGAUCAAGUGUCGUGCACAAAUCAGCUCAGGCGAACACAGCUCUUGGACAAUUGCAAGGAACAUUUGGACUCAGCAUGGGCUGAGAGGAUUAUACCUUGGAGGCGUUGUUACCAGCAUCCGGGACGCGAUGGGAUAUGGCUUUUACUUUUGGUCGUACGAACUCACCAAGCAAUGGCUGACACGGAGCCCUGAAACACCCCAACAGCAAGCUGUCAGGGUGUUUCUUGCUGGUGGCAUCGCUGGCAUAGUCACCUGGGCUUCCAUCUUCCCCUUGGACGUUAUCAAGACAAGGAUGCAAACACAAACGUCACCACUAUCGCCUGCCAAUCUUCCUACAACAGAGGAGUCAACCCUUCUUCGCAAUGGAGGGGGCUCCUCAGGCCAGGAACCCCGGAUCCGACAAGGUGCAAUUGCAAUCGCAAAAGAGUUAUAUGCUUCUGAAGGCAUAAGAGCCUUCUUUCGAGGGCUACCAACUUGCAGCGUCCGUGCAUUCAUAGUCAAUGCCGUCCAGUUUGAGGUAUAUGAGUUGAUCAUGCAAUAUCUAAAGCCCGCACAACCUCAGCCGGGUGUUUUUAUGAUCUAA